CGAGAGGCUGAGAGCACGUGAUGUUAAAGACGUCGACAACGUAUUCUGCUUUUCAAGUUCCAACGCGAAACGUCUCUCUCUCGGAGGCAGAUCGGAUGAAUUGAACCCAAAUACCGUGGUUUCUCUUCACCGAUUCCAUUUACAGUUACAGGCAAUGGAUUAUUAAACAGCACUCUCUCUAGUCUCUAUUAGCUUGUGCAUCUUUCUCCUCCCAAUAGAAUUGUGAUAAGAUUCGUUUCUCUAAUUGACGCAAACUUCACAGUGAAUUAGUGUUUGGUUUCGAGUUAGCUUCGCAAUGGAGGCGGAUUUCGUCACGAAUGAUAUGCUCACACUCACGCAGGACGCUUUUUAUGCCAACGAUAAUGAUGAUGCAGCUGUUGAAGGGGAAAGAUGUGGAAUAUGUAUGGAUAUGGUUAUUGACAGGGGACUUCUGGAUUGCUGUCAGCACUGGUUCUGCUUUGUAUGCAUUGACAACUGGGCUACCAUCACUAAUCUUUGCCCACUUUGCCAGAAUGAGUUUCAGUUAAUCACUUGUGUUCCAGUAUAUGAUACCAUUGGAAACAAUAAAGUUGAAGAUGAUUCAUUCUUCAGAGAUGAUGACUGGUCCAUUGAAGAGAAGAAUAACACACUGUCAUUUCCCUCUUACUACAUUGAUGAAAAUGCAGUUAUUUGCUUGGAUGGUGAUGGCUGCAAGGUUCGUAAUGGUUUGGCUACUAUUGAAGGAGAUUCUGAUCUCGACACAUCAAUAGCAUGUGAUUCAUGUGACAUAUGGUAUCAUGCCUUCUGUGUGGGAUUUGAUACUGAAGGUACAUCGGACAGUACAUGGUUAUGCCCCAGAUGUGUUGUUGAUGAAGUUUCUAAAGGAACAUCCAAUUCAGUAGAGAGGACAACCGUGGAAUGUAAUGCAGAUAAUCAUAAUAGUAAUAGUGACUGCCAUGCUGAGGAUUCCUUUUCAGGAAAAGUUUCUGUGUCUGUUGCUGAUACAGGAGAGACGGCUGUUGUUGUUUCGAUGGUUGACCAAACAAAAUGGGUUCCAUCAACAAGUGAGAAAAGCCUAUUGCCUUUUGAAGUUGGUGAGGACCCAAUGACUGAAUCAUGUAUUUUAAUGUCCGUCACAAGUGAUCAGCAAAGUGGGGAAGUGAAGACAGAGACAAAUACAUUACCAGUCAUGGAGGAAGAACUGGAACUGUCUUUGUCAAACAACAUAUCCUGUAGCGUAACUUCUAAAUCCUCAGUGCAUAAUGAUUUAAAGAAAAAUGUCAGUGGAGCAAGGGAUGAACCAAGUGGCUUUGAUGGAACCAAGUUAUUUGACAAGUCCCUUACCAAAACUAGUCCAUCCAGAAUUGAAUCCGAAAUGGGUCUUCAACUUGGUUUGUCAGUAGGCUCUUUCUUAUCUGUUGGUAAUGCAGACAAGAAUGAAACAAGAGAUCAAGCAACUGAUGUCCUGUACUCGAGUUCAGAAGAAUGUUUUUUGAAAGGAGAUGAAAUCGAAGCCAAUGCUUGUAAGGACAGUGCCAAAGUGGCUGGUGGAAAGAGAAAGCAUGCUGAUUACUGUAAUGAGCAAGUUUAUAUAAAGGAUGAUGAUGGAAAUGUCAAGCCUGAACUUCUGGAUGGAGAUGACAAGUCUGAACUUCCGGAUGAAGUUGCACAAAAGAAAAUUAGAGCUACUGGUAGUCAAAUGACCAGUAGUAAUGACUCAGCUGGUGCUCAUCUUUUAGAAAAUGCUCAGAAAUGCCCUGCUUUAAAGCAGUCUCCAACAAAUUCGAUUGUCAAAUCAGAUAUAAUGAAUAUAGUUAAAGGGACAAACCGGAGGCACUCCAAGGAACGUACUGACACUAAUGCUUGUGACAAGUUAUCUGAAAACAAAGGAAAUAUGGCUGGGUUGAGGGUUAAAAAGAUCAUGAAGAGGGUCUCUGAUGAUGGAGAAUCAUCUUUGGUAGUUCAAAAUCUAAGGAAAGAAAUUAGAGAAGCUGUCCGUAACAAGUCCUCUAUAAACUUUGAGGAUAACCAUUUUGAUCCCAAACUUCUUGAAGCAUUUAGGGCUGCUAUAACAGGGCCUAAAACUGAACUUGUAAACAAGUUAUCCCCUGCAGCUAUAAAGGCAAAGAAAUCAAUGUUGCAGAAAGGAAAAGUGCGUGAAAAUCUAACAAAGAAAAUUUUUGGGACAUCCAAUGGAAGAAGAAAGCGUGCAUGGGAUAGGGACUGUGAAAUUGAGUUUUGGAAAUAUCGUUGCAUGAGAGCUACAAAGCCUGAAAAGAUUGAAACUUUAAAAUCAGUUCUUGAUCUACUGGGAAAAGGUUCAAACAAUCCAGAAUCAAAGCAGGCUUCUGAAUGUCAGGCCAAGAAUCCUAUUCUUUCCAGGUUGUAUUUAGCAGAUACAUCUGUUUUCCCCCGGAAAAAAGAUGUCAAACCACUCUCUGUGCUUAAAACCAUUGCUAACUCGGAGCAAACUAAACAUAGCCCGUCAGAAAAAGUACCAAAUCUAUCGGUUGAUAACAAUACUAUUAAAGCAACUGAUAUAAAUAAUCUUUUAUCAAAGAACAGUGUUUGUUCAUCUGAAAAAAAAGUAGAUAAGAAGCUUGUACGUGGUCCAGUUGGUGAUAAUUCAACUUCUGGUAAAGUACGUUCAGACAAUCACUCAGAAAGGACAUCAGUUUCAUCAGCUGGUGCCAAAACUAGCACAAAAGAGUUAGACCUUAAAUCUGGUUGUAUGAAGAGUGAUAAAAGAAAAUGGGCCUUGGAAGUUCUUGCGAGGAAAACAGCUGCCACAAGUGGGAACACAGCAAAUGGAAAUCAGGAAGACAAUGCAGUUUUUAAAGGAAACUAUCCUGUUCUUGCCCAAUUGCCAAUUGAUAUGAGACCAGUAUUGGCACCUUGUCACCACAAUAAAAUUCCUAUAUCAGUGAGGCAGACACAGCUUUACCGCCUGACAGAGCGCAUAUUGAGGAACACAAAUCUGGCUGUGAUUCGCAGAACUGCAGAUACAGAAUUAGCUGUUGCAGAUGCAAUUAAUAUUGAAAAGGAAGUUGCUGACAGAUCAAACAGCAAGCUUGUGUAUUUGAACCUUUGUUCACAAGAGCUCUUGCAUCACACAAAUAACACAAAAACCAAUGUAGCCACAGACACAAGUCCACCAGCCUCUUCAUCAAUGCUUACUGAUCAACAAUCGGAACUUAAUACUGAUGAUCUUUCAACUGACCCUGAAGUUGAAACAGCCUUGAAAAAUGCCGGUCUGUUGUCUGAUUCCCCACCUAGCAGUCCACACGAGAACAGAGAAACAUGUAAUGGUGAUAUGUCAGGGCCUGAUAAUAUACUUGAACCAGAUUCUCAUCCUGAUCUGGAUAUUUAUGGUGAUUUUGAGUAUGAUUUGGAAGAUGAAGAUUAUAUUGGUGCAAGUGUUACAAAGGUCUCAUUUCCAAAACAAGAGCAAAAUGAGUCAAAAGUGAAACUUGUUUUCUCCACCAUGAACUUGAAAAAGUCAGAUAUCGCUUUGGAUUGUGCAGACUGUGAGGGGUCUGAAAGAAAUGAAGUGCCAGGAGAUGCAUCCUUCUCACCAAAUUUUCAAGAUGAUGCAGUCCUUAGGGACAGGGCUUCUACAAUUGAUGCGGAGACGGGCCAGCCUUCUGUUUCUUCUGUGCUCCUAUCCUGUGAGGGUGCUGUUGAGCCACCUGACUCAGAAUUUGAAGAAUUAUAUGGCCCAGACAAAGAACCACUUAUAAAAAAAAAUCCAGUUGGUGAAUCAAGAUCAUUACAUGGAGAUGGCAAGACAGAAACUCUAAGCGUGGCCAAUGACUGCCAUAAUGACGAAAAACAUGUCUUGGACAAUGCAGUAAAUGCUUCGGAACUUGGAAAUGAGAAUCUCACAGAAAAAGUAUCUGAGGCUGGUGAAAAUUUCCAAAGAAAGAAAGAGAAAUCCGAUGUCACUGCUAAGCAGACUGACUCUGUAAAUCAUAUAAUUAAAAAGGUAGAAGCUUACAUCAAGGAGCACAUCAGACCGCUGUGCAAGAGUGGUGUAAUCACAGCUGACCAAUACAGGUGGGCGGUUGCAAAAACGACCGAGAAGGUUAUGAAAUAUCAUUCCAGAUCAAAGAGUGCUAAUUUUCUCAUAAAGGAAGGCGAGAAAGUAAAGAAACUUGCAGAGCAGUAUGUUGAAGCUGCCCAACAGAACAGAAAAAAUUGAUUCAUAUGAUCAAAGCUUACCAAUGAUUCAACUUCAAACAAACUAUUAAAAUGAACAAUCAGAGUAUCACCCAGAAACAGAAAGCACAAGCGGGAAGACAGUGAUCCGAAUGAAAAGGUAAAAGGAUUCAAGGCGAAAUGGAGGAAGAACAAAGCAACCAAAGAAGAUAAGAAUGGUGUGCCUUUUAAUCAGUUGAGCUGCAAUUUCUUGUUGUAUAACACUAUAUUUUUGGAUUCGCGUCAGCUACCAAUCAUUUUCAAACAUGCAUGAAGACUAGAGAAGUAAGAAAGUUUUCUUAUCCUUCGUAUCUGAAGUUGAGACUAUUUUUGUUUACAUUAGAGACUGGAGAUGCUCAACCCAAAAGGAUGAAUUUAGAAUGGGUAUGGUGAGAUUUGUGGCUUUUAUUUCUUCAAUUUUAACAAGUUAAAAUAGUUUAUAUUUCUGUUUUAAGUUAGUGAAAUUGUUGAUAUUUUAAAUUUUAAAUACUGACAUGUUUCCUCAUGUUUCACA